GAUGACCUGGGAUUAUAAAAACGAUGAAUUCUUGAAAUGUAAAAUUCGGGUAUUCACCGUUCUUUCUCGCGUAUACAUUUCAUUUUUGAUUUUUUGCGGAGUUUCCAUUGCAUGCGGAGUCUUUAUUCAGUGUUGAGCGUUCACCAGAUAAAGUUGACUUCUAGUUAAGUAUUCGAACAUUUCUCGUUCAGUUGUUCAAGAAAUAAUUACCUUACCCAAUCGAUGCCAGAUCUCAAAUCAGAGAAAGAGAAGAAACUUUAUGUGCUAAAAUAUAUUAAAAGAAAAGAGGUCUUUAGAUUCUUUAUACUUUUUAAAGAGAGGAUUUUCUGCGAAUAUAAUGGCUACAAAUAACGAAAUAACUACAAAUACACUUUGGGAAGAAAUGAAGAAUCUUGCUGCUGAACAGCAACAAUACUUCUAUGAAUUCCUUCCUGAUUGCAUAGAAUAUAAACGUAGUGAACAUAAGUAUCUACGACAGAAUAUUGGUUAUGCGAUUUAUGGAUUACCAACGAGCAAUGAGAAUGCAAGUAAAGAAAACACAGAAAAUAAUAAUAGUUGCUCCUGGAAACCAGAACAUUCAAAUGACAUAGAUGCUGAUGUAACUGAUACAGUGAAUUAUGAUGAAAAAGCUAAAAGUAUUAUAGAUAUGAUAUAUAAUAAAAUAUGUGAAUAUAUAAUAAAAAAUGAUGAUACUCAACCAAUUUAUUUUGGUAUAAUUUACAAUAUAAUAUUCUGUCCUAAAAUGAAUGUACAACUGAAGAAAAAAGAAGUAGAAAAAGAAACAAAAACAAAAACAGAAGUAAGUGAAUCAGAAAAAGAAGAAGAGGAAAAAGAAUCUGCAGUAUCACCUAUCCCCAUUUUUAAAAUUAGGAGAAAUAUUCAAAAAAAAUCUGACACUGUAAAGAAUUCAAAACAAAAUGAAAAUACAAAAACUGAAAUUGAAGAAGAUUACGAGAUAUGGUAUAUUGAUAUUUGUGGCAGAGUAUAUGAGAAUUGGACAGAUUAUAUAAAAAACAAUAAUUUACCACCAUGCACUAUGGUUGUGCCUAAGGAUGGUGUUUAUCAAGCAGAUUUAUCUUAUCCUGUAACAGAAGACAAUUCAACAGUUUGGCUUGAAGUUAUAGAUUCUCCUGCAUGUGCAUUGACAACAAGAAUCUGCAAUGGAAUGGAUUUUGUUUCUACUAUUGCUGGAUUUGGCACAGCUGGCUUAGGUGUAGCAUCAUUAUUUACACCUCUUGCACCAGCUGCUAUUGUAACAGGUCUUGUUGCUAGUGGUGCAAGUGGUAUUUGGACAGUCGCCCGAUCAUCUCAACAAUUGGCAGAUCGUAAAAACCACAAGGAAUCUAUUGAUAUUUUGGAUAAAGAGGCAUUACCUCAUUGGCUUGGUAUAGCUGGUACAGUAUUUGGUUUUGGAUCACUUGGAGGAUCAGCUGCUCUAUCCAAAGCUGCUGCAAGUGGUAAAACGAUACCCUCUUUUGCAAAAGUGGCUUUUAAUACUGUACAAGGUGGCAAUCUUUUCUUGAAUGGUGUUGGUAUCUUAUAUCAAGGUUAUUAUAUGAUAGAUAAAUAUAUGACAGACAAGACUAUCAGUAGCAUGGACGCGUUAAAUUUGGCAAUACAUAUUAUGUUUUUCACUGGCGCUGUGGUAAAGAUUCAAUUCGCCAAUGAUAUCAUUGAGAGCACUCAAGGUAAAAUCAUUAAUGAUUACAAAGAUAAUUUGCGUAAGAAAAAUCUCCGUAAGAAAUUUAAUCGCGUUACGCGAAAGGCUGCCGAAAGAAAUAUAUGUAAAAUAUCCGAGAACGCGGAAGUGAUAAAAUACAUAAACCAUCGUGAACAAUUAUUACCUGUUAAUCAGUCUGUUAGCCAAUCUGGUAACCAGCCCGCUGCUCAAACAGACAAGACUCCACAUAAUAUUAUAUGGUCAUUCGAACAGGGUAAACUAAAAGUAAACGGUUUUAUAUUGUUAGAUCCUAUUGAAUAUGUUGUUCGUCUCAUGAAAUCGGAUAUAUUUAAGGAAAAUUAUAAAAACAAUCCAUCUGGUUCCCAGAAUUAUGAUUCUACUGCUGAUCAGUUAAAAAAAUUUUCUGAGUUAUUUUCUGAGUUAUUAAGCAAGUUCUAUAUGAGCGAUGCUUGUCCUAGGACUAUGAAUCUGCCAAUAAUUCCUGACUUCGAACCUCUUCUUAAAGAUAUGAGUUGUAUGAAAAUUAAUGAGGAAUGUCUGAAAAAACUGUUUAAGAUCGUUCAAAAAUUAAUGAAACAUUCUGAAGAUAAGGAAGAUUUUUUACUCAUGGCUUUUGCCUUUGUCUGGCAGUAUUGUAAAGCAAAUUUAAAACUAUGGAAAAUCGACUUGCAUGAUCGUAUUCAAAGCAAUUCAGACUUCAAUAUAUUGCAGAAGAUUAUUAUCGUUGUUUUUGAAGCAAUUGAUAUGAUAGUUAAUAAUCUUUGCAGUGCUUUUGCAGAAUACAUAAGAGUUAAUUUAUGAAAAUAAAUUGAGUAUACUCCAAUGUGAAAAACAAAAAUUAAAAAUAUUGCACAAAAUAAAUCUUGUAGAAACAAGCCGAUAAUUUUAGAGAAAUAUAUCAAUUAAUAAUCUCUCUAAUAGAAGCUUAUUUUAAAAUAAAACUUUGACUUAAAAAACUUUUGAUAUACUAGAUAUAUAUAUAUUUGUUAAUACACAUUGUGCCUUAAACUAUGAGAUAUCGCACAAUUUCAUCUGUUUAUAAAUUUAUAUUUUAAUUAUAUGUUAUAUAUGAAUAAGAAUUAUUUAAUCAAGAAAAAUAAAAUUUACAGAUUGUAUACAUAUAUAUAUUUUCUUUUAUAAAUGCAUAUAUAUGUAUAUGUAUAUAUUUUUUUAACAUUUUUAUUUGCCAUAAAUUCCAUUUAUUCCAUAAAUAAUAAAUUCCAUUUAAAAUUUUGCUUAAUAUUAAAGAAAUGAAUAUUUGAAAAAGAAAUAUAUAUGUAUAUGUAUUUGUAUAUGCCUUAUAUUGUAUGUGCCUUAUAUAUCUAAAUUUAUUAUAUGUAUAUUCUAUAUCUAUUAUAUAAUUAUCAUCGAAAAUUAUAAAAUAAAUGUUAUCUAGUUAUUUA